UUGAAUUAAACAGAAAAUAUGAAAAACAGAGCAUAAAACAAACCAAAAGCUCACUGAAAUCGUGGUGACAAUUGUUUUUGGGCUUGGAGGAGAACGAAAAUGGAGGUUGGAGAGAGCAGUGAGAGUCCGGUGGAGACGAAGACCAAAAGCAAGGCCAAAACCGCUCGAAAACCCAAAGAAAGCGCGCUAAAACAAAAAUCUCCAGCUGAGUUCUUUGCUGACAACAAGAACAUUGCUGGUUUUGACAAUCCAGGAAAAUGUCUCUAUACUACAGUGAGGGAACUUGUUGAAAAUGCUCUUGAUUCUGCUGAAUCGAUCUCAGAACUUCCUGUUGUAGAGAUAACAAUUGAGGAGAUUGGGAGAAUGAAGUUUAAUUCCUUGAUUGGCCUGGCUGAACGUGAGCGUGUUGAUGAAGAGUUGUAUGAUGAUUUUGAGACAGCAAAGGCUCGAGAGAAAAGACUUGCCAAGGAAGCUCGACUUCAAGAGAUUCAGGCAAAGAAUGCUGCUUCUGGGAAGAAAGUAAAAGAACCAACAGCUGCGAAGGCCAAUAAAAGUCGUGAGGCUUCAUAUUACCGUGUAACAUGCAAAGAUAAUGGAAGAGGAAUGCCACAUGAUGAUAUCCCUAACAUGCUUGGAAGAGUGUUGUCUGGGACAAAGUAUGGCUUAAAACAAACACGUGGAAAAUUUGGACUUGGUGCAAAGAUGGCAUUAAUUUGGUCUAAGAUGAGUACAGGACUUCCAAUUGAGAUCAUGUCAUCUAUGAAAGGACAAAGUUAUACUUCAUUCUGUAGGCUGGAUAUAGAUAUUCAUCGGAACAUCCCCCACAUUCAUGUGCAUGAAAAACGACAGAACAAAGAAAAGUGGCAUGGAGCUGAUAUCCAAAUAGUCAUUGAAGGGAACUGGACAAGUUACCGUUCAAAAAUACUCCACUAUAUGCGUCAAAUGGCUGUCAUUACACCCUAUGCACAAUUUCUUUUCAAAUUUAUAUCAGAGACCCCAGACAAAAAUGUGACCAUAAGAUUUACGAGGAGGACAGAUAUAAUGCCUCCUGUUCCUCUUGAGACAAAGUACCAUCCAUCUGCUGUUGAUAUACUUCUUAUCAAGCGGCUAAUUGCUGAGACAUCAAAGCAGACCCUCCUACAAUUUCUUCAGCACGAAUUUGUGAGCAUUGGGAAAUCCCAUGCAGAGCGUUUAAUUGGGGAGUUGGGUCCAGAUUUUAGCCCAAAAAUGCUGGUCAAAUCAUUAACUUCACAACAGAUAGUUCGUAUCCAUCAGUUGUUCCGUCAAGCCAAAUUUGAUGAUCCUAGUGGUGAUAUUCUUAGUCCUGCAGGUGAAUAUAAUUUGCGGCUUGGAAUUAUAAAGGAGCUGCAUCCAGAUAUGCUUGCUACUUAUUCGGGAAGUGCUCAGGUAUUUGAAGGGCACCCUUUUAUUGUAGAAGCUGGAGUUAGUCUGGGUGGAAAAGAUGUGAAACAAGGUCUAAAUAUCUUUCGAUUUGCUAACCGGAUUCCCCUUCUAUUCGAGCAAGGAGCUGAUGUUGUUACCCGAACUGCUAUGAAAAGGAUCAAUUGGAACAGUUACAAGAUCAACCAGGCACAAGACAAAAUUGGCAUCUUUGUCAGCAUUGUAAGUACCAAAAUUCCUUUUAAAGGGACUGGCAAGGAAUACAUUGGAGAUGACAUAAGCGAGAUAGCUUCGGCUGUGAAGACAGCCAUUCGGCAGUGUUGCAGUCAGCUGAAAUCCAAAAUUGUAAAAAGAAUACAAGCUCGAGAGCAGCAGGAGAGAAAGCGUAAUUUGAGCAGGUACAUCCCUAAUGCUUCAAAUGCUAUAUUUGACGUCCUCAAAGAUAUGGCAAACCAACAUGCAUCCAAAAAGAAGCGCUUUGAGGGUGAGGAUGCAGAUUUAUUGAAACAAGUUUCAGUUAAUUCCGUAACAAGAGAAAUUCUGAAAGACAAGCUUGCCCAGCAUGUUGAAAAGGUUGACUAUGAGAUGGCCCUGGAAUACGCCACACAGACCGGGGUAAAGGAAGAACCCAGAGAAGACAUUUACUUGCAAGCGUUAAGCGAUGAUAAAAGGUUCACUGACUUCCAUAGCCCCAUAUUUGUCUUUAGACUCUUUCAUUAAGAUUUAUACCCACCUUACUUUCCCACUCCAUCACUGAGUUAUGAUUAUAGUAUUAUACCAACUUAAUUUGGGAGUUAUAAUUUGCUUGUACCAAAUAUACGAUAGAAAUUUGAGAGAAUUAGAUUAGUGGCCAUAAACAUUGGUACUAUAAAGGAUCUGUUCUUACAAAUUACUGUAUCUUGUUUAUGAAAUAGUCAUGAAUAACUUUAUGUCAAGUUAUACACAUUCAGUUGAAUAUCUUAAAUAGCAUUCCCUUCCACCAUA